UUGAAACGCGCAUUGACCACUUGCGUCAGUUGAGAAUUUCACUUCGAUCAAGUUAGACACCCGUCGCUGUGGUCACAAGAGUUCACCGUUUAUUCCAAAAAGUAUUGCAAACGUCGUUUUAGUGUACAGUUCUUAAGUGAUUUCAAAAAGAAGAAAAUGGCUCCACGCAACAAGGAACAAGAACAAGAAGUCCUCAACUGGGUCUUCGCUGUGUUGGGCGAGAAAGUGCCUGCCGGUCAAUACGAAGAUAUUCUCAAGGAUGGCAUUGUCCUCUGUAAGCUCGCCAACAAACUGGCACCCGGCUCAGUGAAGAAGAUCCAGGAGCGUGGCACCAACUUCCAGCUGAUGGAGAACAUUCAGCGCUUCCAGGCGGCCGUCAAGAAAUACGGUGUGCCCGAGGAGGAAAUCUUCCAAACCGCCGAUCUGUUCGAGCGUCGUAAUAUUCCACAAGUGACGCUGUCACUCUACGCCCUGGCACGCAUCACACAAAAGCACCCAGAAUUCACUGGUCCCUCAUUGGGUCCCAAGAUGGCCGAGAAGAACGAGCGCGAAUUCACCGAGGAACAGUUGCGCGCUCACGAGGGACACCUCAACCUGCAGAUGGGCUACAAUAAGGGUGCCUCACAGUCGGGACAUGGCGGUUUCGGCAACACGCGCCACAUGUAAAAAGCUGCCGAAGCGAUUCCUUAUUUAUAUAUGUAUAUGGUAUAUGUAGUCGGUCGAGUUGGCGCUGUUUUUCUAUGUAAAAGCAUACUUUUUUACUAGUUUUUCUCUGUCGUAUCUUUUAAUUAAAAGGGCAUUAUUUUGGGGCAUUUUUCUUUAGUCAUUAUUUGCUAACAUAAAAUGUAAUAAAUAGUUAAAGAAAUAAUUAAAAUUUAAUACAUACACAAAUCA